UAUAUUUUUAACUUAAAAAUCUAUUAUAAAUAUCCAAAAAUAAUUGAGCAUAACUAAAUUAUUAUAAAGUAUCCGAACUAUCCGAAAGUAUCUGAAACUAUCUGAAUAUUUUUAUCUAAAAUAUUUAAAGUAAUCUGAAAUAUCCAAACUUCUUAUUUAAAUCAUCCUAAUUAUUUGAUAUUUUAUCUAAAUAACCGAUAUUUUAUCCGAAUUACUCGAACUAUCCGAAUCCAAACCAGAACCGAAUGACAAGCUAAUUUUUUCGGAUAUUUUUCUGUUCCUAAUUUUUUACUAUCCAAACUUAAUGGAACCCAAAACUAUCCGAACAAGACCGAACUGAAAAUAUGUCUAGUAAAUGUCCGAACCGAACCGACGAAAUGCCCAGGCCUACAGAUUGUACCAAGUACAAACCUUCGAGAGAGAGAUAGAGAUCUGAGAGGGAAAUUCCAAUCAUCUCCGAUUGUUUCCGCCAGUGGAUUUACCAGAAGCGUCCCUUGAAAUCGUGUGACCAUCCCUUCCUAUUUUCUCUUAUUGUUUUCAUUUGUCGAUGACGGUUUCCGAGAUUAUUAUCGAUUGACGGACAAAUUCGAUUGUAUUUGGAAACGUUCUUAGGAUCUGCUCUUCGUAUUGUUUGAGGAGCAGAAGGGGGAAUGAGAAUCGUAGGGCUAACGGGAGGCAUAGCGUCUGGGAAGAGUACAGUCUCCAACCUCUUUAAGGCUAGUGGCAUUCCCGUUGUUGACGCUGAUGUCGUUGCUCGAAAUGUGUUGAAGAAAGGAAGCGGUGGAUGGAAAAGAGUAGUUGCAGCUUUCGGGGAGGAGAUUCUUCUUCCUAGUAGAGAAGUGGACCGGCCAAAACUCGGUCAGAUGGUCUUCUCUUCAGAUUCCAAGCGCCAACUUCUAAACAAGCUGAUGGCUCCAUACAUAUCAACUGGUAUCUUUUGGGAGAUUCUGAAACAAUGGGCGAAAGGAGCUAAAGUGAUCGUUGUCGAUAUCCCGUUGCUGUUCGAAGUGAAGAUGGAUAAAUGGACGAAACCCAUUGUUGUCGUGUGGGUCAGUCAAGAAACUCAGCUCAAGAGACUGAUGGGGAGAGAUGGACUGAGCGAGGAAGAUGCCGGAAACAGAGUGAUGGCUCAGAUGUCGUUGGAUUUGAAAAGAAGCAAGGCUGAUGUUGUGAUCGAGAAUAAUGGAGAUCUCGACCACCUCAACCAACAGUUCAGUAAGGUAUUGUCUGAAAUCAGAAGACCACUGACUUGGACUGAGUUUUGGCGUUCAAGACAAGGAACCUUCUCGGUUCUUGGUUUGGUGACUUCAGGACUCUUUGUUUGCAAACAUUUCAGUAUUGGCCCUUAGCAAUUGCUUUUUUUUAAACACGCUCUUAGCAAUUGCUUAUAAUACUGUGUUGGCUACACUUAAGAGUGGACGUAGAUCUUUUUCAAAUGAACACGUACGAUCCAUACU